AUGAAGAACAAUCUUGUUACUAACGGGACGAAGCUCAUUCUCCUCCACCCUUACAUCCAGAAGCAAGGCAGUCCCAGCACCCGCUUCUGGCUACUCUCCCUCGUGUCCCUCGCCACCCUCGUGUCCCUCGCCACCCUCCUCUACACCACCCGUGACUCCUCCUCCUCCAUUUCCCCCGUCUCCGUGCCUUCUCUUCCCGUCCCGUCCUCGUCCCUCCCCCCGUCUGUCUCCCGUGCCCUCCUCCACUACGCCUCUUCCCCCGCCGUCAAUGCCUCCUCCGACCGAAUGCCCCACACGGAUGCCCGCCAGGUGGCGGACGCUCUCCGCCAGUGCCCGUCCUCCCCGUGCAGCCUCCUAGUCUUCGGCCUCACCCACGAGACCCUCCUCUGGCGGGCCCUCAACCACGCGGGCCGCACCGUGUUCAUCGACGAGAACCGGUACUACGCGGCCCACGUGGAGGAGCGCUACCCGGAUGUCGAGGCGUACGAUGUCCAGUACGGGACGCGGCUGGCCGAUGCGGCCGAGCUCGUGCGGGCUGCACGGGACGCAGCGCGCAACGAGUGUCGUCCCGUGCAGAACCUGCUCUUCUCGGAGUGCCGUCUGGGGCUCAACGACCUGCCCAACCAGCUGUACGAGGUCGACUGGGACGUCAUCCUUGUGGACGGGCCGAGGGGGUACUGGCCGGACGCGCCCGGACGGAUGGCCGCGAUUUUUACGGCGGGGGUGCUGGCGAGGAGCAAGAGGGCGGGCGGGAAUCCAAGGACUCACGUGUUCGUUCACGACUAUAAUAUGGAGGCGGAUAGGGUCGCCAGCGACGAGUUUCUUUGCAGGGAGAAUCUGGUGAGGCCGUCUAAGGAUACGACGAUGGCCCACUUCGUGAUCGAGAGGAUGCACAGCGGGUCAACCCAGUUCUGCCGGGGCGGGGAACAGAAGUCCGCGGGUCCAGCUUAA